CCAAAUCCUGGCUGCGGAACGGCCACGUGAGGAGUGGCGGAACCAUGGCCCGGGGACCGGGACCGGGACGGGGGCAGGGACAGGGACAGAAACAGGCCCGGGGACCGCGACAGAAACCGGGAUCGGGACCGAAACAGGGGCAGAGAUCGGGACAGGGACAGAAACAGGGCCGAGGACCGGGACCGAGACCAGGACAGGGACAGAAAGCGGGGCCGGGACAGAAAGCGGGACCGAGAUCGGAGCGCGGACCGGCCGUCCCUCUGCGCAGCAGGAAGGAGAAGAAGGACAACAUGAAACCCAAACACCCCGACGAGCAGGAGAUCCCGUUCCGCCUGCGGGAGCUCAUGCGGAGCCGCGAGGCCAUGAAGCGCCCAGAUCCCGGGAAGAGGCAGGCGGCAGAGAAGAAGCAGCAGCAGAAGUCCAAGGGCCCCAAGGCCCCGGGGGACAUCCCCACGCCCAGGUUCCGGAGGGGCAAGGGGGAGUCGGAGCGUUCCUACAUCUGCCGCAUGGAGCAGGAGGUGCAGCGCAUCCUCUUCCUCGCGGAGAACCAGCUCCAGCGGGAGCCUGAGAAGGAGGCGACGGCUCCAGAGAAGUCCAGGAGGAAAAAACAGUUUCAGAAAAAGAAGCUGGAAAAAGCUCGGAAGAAGAAGGAGGAGAAGAAGGAGGCCAUGCUGGAGAAGAGCCUGUUCCAAGACAAGGUGCCAUUUGGAGAAGUGGUGACACAGCCACCCACCAUCACCUCACAGCCCAGGGGACAGGGUCCUGCCAAGCAGCUACCCCGUCUCUGCCCACAGGCUGGACGGAAGCAGCUCCUCCUGACGGCUCGCCUGGGCCAGAGCCAGGCGUCCCUCGCAUCCCCCGCGUCCCCCGUGUCCCCGGUGAUGUCGAUGGCUCGCCGGCGCAUCCUGGAGGAGGAGCGGGCGCGCGUCAUCCGGGCCUACAGGGACAUCCAGAGGCGCAAACAGCUGGAGCGGAAGCACACCCAGGGGGGGCACGGCGUCCCACGCUGAGGGCCCUGGGACUCGAGGGGGACAUUGCCCUGAUGCUCUUGUGUCACUGCUGAGCCCUGGGGCUUCCCACAGCCCCGCACUCCACGGCUCAGCGCUGCAGUGGGGUCCCUGCGGUGCCACGGACCUGCUUGGAGUAAAAAGUGCCAGUGGGA